UCGUUUAACAGUUAACGCCGGGAAAGUUUUUACUCGAAGCCAGUUUUUUUUUUCCUUCCAUCAAAACAUGCAACAGUUAGCAGGAGCGCGAGCGCGAGCUAACUAGCGGGUGCUAGUCGUCGCUAGCUUACGAGCGGUUAACAGUCGGAGCCGUUCGGCGUCGCUUUAUGCAAAACGGCGCCGACCACCACCAGUUUGUAGUUCCAUGUGUGCAAACUCUGUCGCGGUCGAAGGGGCGCGUUGUCCGUUCGCCUGGCGUUCGAGACGCGGACUUCGUCAGUGGACGUCGGCUAACCGUCUCCUCCGCGAAGUUGGUUUCUUCACGGGAACUCGGAGCGCUAGCUAAAGCAACGUGUCUCAUUUCCGCAUUCAUUUGUCUGCGCAGUUCCCAGGGCCAUGUUGAAGAUGUCUGGGCCGGACGCUUCGCGUUGAUUUUCCAAUCGGGGAGACUUUAUUUUUUUUUACUGCUUGGGAUACACAACAGCGUAUUGUUUCUUAAUUCUUUUUUUUUUACUCCUCGGGUUUCGGGCACCUGCAUUUGACAGCCGCCUAGACGCUGACUUGUAUCCUCUGGGAUCCGGCUACGUCCCUGAAAUUGACAGUGUCCAUGACAUAUCAGUUGGCACAAAGAGGGGAUCCGACGAACUCUUUUCUUCCUGCAUAUCCAACGGGCCCUAUAUCAUGAACUCAGCCAAUGGCAACGACAGCAAAAAAUUCAAAGGUGACGUCCGCAGUCCUGGUGUCCCGUCACGUGUUGUCCACGUACGCAAGCUUCCCAACGACAUAAACGAGGCUGAGGUUAUCAGCCUGGGGUUGCCCUUUGGGAAGGUCACCAAUCUGCUGAUGCUGAAGGGGAAAAACCAGGCAUUCUUGGAACUGAUUAGUGAAGAGUGUGCACAGACGAUGGUGAGCUACUACUCCUCUGCCACUCCCGUCAUCAGAAACCACCCCAUUUACAUGCAAUACUCAACCCACAAGGAGCUCAAGACGGACAACUCUCCCAAUCAAGUGCGUGCGCAGGCCGCUCUGCAGGCAGUCAAUGCACUGCACGGAGGUGGGAUGGGAGUGGGACCCAUGGCCAUCCCCACAGAUGUAGCUAGCAUGGGAGGAGCUGUGGGUCAGAGCCCUGUACUCAGAGUCAUCGUUGAAAAUCUCUUCUAUCCCGUCACCCUGGAUGUGCUACACCAGAUUUUCUCCAAAUUCGGCACUGUGCUGAAGAUCAUCACUUUCACCAAGAACAACCAGUUUCAGGCUCUGAUCCAGUACGGCGAUGGCAUGACAGCUCAGCACGCUAAACUGUCUCUGGAUGGACAGAACAUCUACAACGCCUGCUGUACCUUGAGAAUUAGCUUCUCCAAACUCACCAGCCUGAAUGUCAAGUACAACAACGACAAGAGCAGGGACUACACCCGACCAGACCUCCCAACUGCGGAUUCACAGGCCGCUCUUGAUCACCAGGCCAUGGCCGCUGCAUUUGGUUCACAAGGCAUAAUCUCAGCCUCUCCCUAUGGUGGAGCACAUGCCUUCCCCCCAACCUUUGCCAUCCAGCAGGCAGGCUUGUCGAUGCCAGGUAUUCCCGGUGCUCUGGCAUCCCUGGGUAUGGGCCACGGUGGCAUGGCGGCUGCAGCAGCAGCAGCUGCCAGCCGGCUCGGCCUAUCAGGGCUCACUGCAACUGGGGGACACAAUGUCUUGCUGGUCAGCAAUCUGAACCCAGAGAGCGUUACGCCACACUGCCUCUUUAUUCUUUUCGGUGUGUAUGGCGAUGUGAUGAGGGUGAAGAUCCUCUUCAAUAAAAAGGAGAAUGCUCUGAUCCAGAUGUCUGAUGGCACACAGGCCCAGCUAGCCAUGAGCCACCUGAACGGCCAGCGGCUCCACGGCAGGGCAAUGCGUGCGACGCUGUCAAAACACACCACAGUGCAGCUGCCCAGGGAAGGCCACGAGGAGCAGGGCCUCACAAAGGACUACAGCAACUCACCGCUGCACCGCUUCAAGAAGCCCGGCUCCAAAAAUUACUCCAACAUCUUCCCGCCCUCCGCCACACUCCACCUCUCCAACAUACCGCCAUCUGUGGUGGAGGAGGACCUCAGGAGGCUGUUUGCCAGCUCAGGAGCCACAGUCAAGGCCUUCAAGUUCUUUCAAAAAGACCGCAAGAUGGCCCUGAUCCAGAUGGGCUCAGUCGAGGAGGCGAUCGAGUCCCUCAUUGAGUUCCACAACCACGAUCUCGGGGAGAACCACCACCUCAGAGUGUCCUUCUCCAAGUCCACCAUCUGAGUGCCUUUCCUCCCUCCCUCCGAAUCUGUUGCCACUCGAAUGCUACUUUGCUCAAGUUUGCCUUCAGUGGAAAUGGCAACCAUUUACAUUUUUGUGGCUGUGUUUCUGUUUAGAGCGUUGCUCCCUUCACCGCCUCUUUUUACUCAUUCCACAUCAUUAAUAGGUUUGGGUAUCGGUUUUCGAUCAAAUGUGCUUAUUUAUUCCCAAUUAAAAAAAUGUCCCCAAGUUAUAACAAAGACUCCAAAGUAGGUUGGAAACAAUUUAGAAUUAAACAAUAGAUGAUAAAGAAUUUUCCUUCCUGCCGUUAGGACAAAUUAGUCAUCACUGUUCUACACUUUUAUUUGAGCUCGACCUGCUUGCCCGAGCAGAUUCUGGGACAUUGUAGUGUGACUCACCAGAUCAAGGGUUGUAGAUCAGACAUCAGCAACCAUGCCACAGAAAGUUAGACUUCCUCCCAUACUGGAAAUCAGUGUUCAAAAACUUCUCCAUUUUUUUCAAAUGUAUUGGCAGGUAAAUCAAGCGAUAGAAACAAAAAAAUCCAACCUUUUUUUAAGGUGUCCAAAAUUUGAACUAAUGUUUUUUUAUUAAACAACUGGUUCCAGUUCAGAAGAGACCCCUGGUGCCCAAACCUAGUAGUUGAUUUGUUCCAUCAUUAAGAGUGAAAAGGAGAAGGGGGCAACAUUCUGCAUCGAAACACAUUGAAAAUAUAUCUGCUUUGAAAAUAUAUUGGAGGUCAAGUUGAGGAAGCUGAUGAACUUUCACUUUAGGCCAAAACGCUUAAAAAAACACAGAAAAAAAACACCCUCCACCACAGAUUAUGUGGAUGAAUUCUCUCCACAUCAGACACACUUCAGCAUUCCUUUUUACUAUGAUAGUCGUGUGUGGAUAUAUCUGUGUGCCUUUUGUUGAAAUGCCACUUUGAACCUGUUUGGCCAGUCAGUAAUGGUUUGAGACGACGAUGACGACUUUGUUUUGGCUCACAGACCAACAACUUAUUUCCCAGUAUCCCAUCUUUUAAUUUUAUCUUCUCAUCAAUUGCCCACAUAUUUCCUCUGGGGGAUCCAUACCACUAUCUGAAGUCGUUUUUGAUAAGAACAUCAUCAUCAUCAUCAUCGGUCUUGUGCCUUACUUUGCCCCGACCGGAUUGCCUUAAGCAUCGCUCUGGCUUCAUUCGGGAAACAAUCUCUAAAUGCCUUUUUUAUUUUAUUUUUCAGGCCUUUUGGUUUUGUACCAGCAUUGUUCAAAUGGGGGGGAAGUGGCUCAUUCAGUCUUGGGUUUCUUCUCAUCUAAGGUUUUGUAUGCAUAUAGCCUCAUCAUAUAUAUAUAUAUAUAUAUAUAUAUAUAUAUAUAUAUAUAUAUAUAUAUGUAGAAACUAUGAAUGUAAGUCAGUUAGAUUCCUAAUGUCCUUGCUAGGUGAUUUAGCGCUAUUAGGGUGUAUUGUGGCAGGAGUGGAGCGGUAUUCAGCCUCCCUGUCCCACAGUCCCAGCUCCCCUCCACUCAGUCCUCGCUCCACAGGGACGAUGAUUGUGGUCGGGGGGGCCUCAUUUAACCAUAUUAUGUUCAUCUGUACGUGGACGCAUAUAUUCAUUUAUCUUUUUCUCUAUCUUUUUUUAUGUUAGCAUUUAUGUGUAUCACUUCUAAGCUUAACUGUAUGUAGUGGCUGGGUUUUUGAUCAUUAUCACAGUGCCUUGACUGCUUGAGUUUUUUUGUUUGUUUUUUUUAAAUCUGAGGCUCAAACACUUGGUGGCUUGAUCAGUUGACGUGGUUGUUUACCUCUCACUCAGCCGUUUGAGCUCACCCGUCUGCGUAGAUGCCUUUAUUCCAUUUCUAUUCAGGUAGCUGUACCUGUGAGAGGGCAGCUGGGGGAGGCGCUUGUCAAUCGAUACUAACACCAGCCUCUGACUGUGUCUUAAAAAAACAAAACACCCCAGUUUAUUUUUCUCUUUAAAGUUCAGGAUCACAGGGUGAGACGACCCUCACCCCUCCCCCUGUCUGUGUCCACUUCAGCCAGUCGGGUUUCUCCAGUGCACUUUUUUCCUCAAUGAUCGGUCCACGUUGGCACCAUCACGCUGAAAGUCUUAAAUGUCGUCACAUUCCGCGGAGCGUGCCUCGAGCACCAGUUUUUUCACAGCCUGGACCACUGUAGUCUUGGACCAGAUACAGACGCUCUGUCUCUAUUUUUGUAAAAGAUUUAUUAUGCAUGAAUUAACAAAGCUUCAUGUAGCUGCAAAACGGUUAUUGCUGUUAAGGACCAAAGUAUCUUCUAUUCCCUGCUGUUUUUGUAGUGUUGUGAUUUCUUAAAAAAAAGGUUUCGUCACAUUCCUGCUUUUCCACACAAAAAAAACAAACAACCAACUUUGAUUUCCUUUUUAUUUUCCUCAAAAAUCGUGGGACAAAAGUCACAUAAGUUAAAUGAUUUUUGGGUAACCACAAUAUACAGUAUACUGUACCCCCUUUGUUUGAUUGACUUUUCAAAGAACCUAAUUUGGGUAGAGCUCGCCUUACAACGGAUACUUAAUUGAUCUGCAGUCCUAGCUGUGAUGUUGACAGUGUAGAUUAUAUGCCUCUUUUCUUUUUUUUGUUGUUGUUAAAAGCUUUUAUUUUUCUCACCUUUUUUUUAUAUGAGGGCGGGAAGGGGUUAUUUUAUGAAGCGGGAUUGAUGGUUGUAUAUAUUCGUGUUUUUGUACCACAAAAAAAUCAUUUGGAUUAUAUCCACUUUACGUUCAAAACAUGUAUAUUUUGAUAAAACAAUACAGACCUAUUGAGGCUCCCAGGAGCUGUGAAAACAAACAAAAAAAAAACUUUUGUAACACAAAGUCAUUAAACCUUAUCUGAACACACAAGUGUCUCUGUAUGUGCGCCCGCUCCCCCGCCUUCGCAGUUCUGUUCUUGUCUCUUGCAUCUUCUGCUGCCUUCAAUAAAUCUUUAGUUUGUUCCCUCUUC